GGAUGCGGAAGUGUACUCCGUGCUUCCCUCACCGGUGUCGCGCUGCGUGGCUCGGUGUGUUCGGUGUGUUCGGUGUGCUCGGUGUGUUCGGUGUGUUCGGUGUGUUCGGUGUGCUCGGUGUGUUCGGUGUGUUCGGUGUGUUCGGUGUGUUCGGUGUGUUCGGUGUGCUCGGUGUGGGUUGAGCGUAGUGUUGUUGUGUGGGACUAGUCUGGAGGUCUCAUUUGAUGAAUCCAUACCAGUUUGGGGAUGAUCUGGCUGUUUGACUGACAAGUGUCCUCUCACGUGAGCUGAGCUUGGCCAUGGCCAGUGUGGAGCAGGUGUCUGCAGUGGGACAGGUUCUGCUGGAUUCCAAACAGGAGCUGGCCUGGCGUUUUCGAGCCCUCUUCACCCUCAGGAACAUCGGAGGUACCACGUGUGUACCACGUACUCCCUCAGCUGCUUGUUGUUGUUGUCAUAGCCCAGAGGCUAUCAGCUGGAUCAGCCGAGGCUUCAGUGAUGAGUCUGCUCUGCUCAAGCACGAGCUGGCCUACUGCUUGGGUCAAAUGCAGGACGCCCGGGCCAUCCCCACUCUCACCGCUGUGCUGAAGGACACGCAACAGGAGCCCAUGGUCCGGCACGAAGCAGGAGAGGCCCUGGGAGCCAUCGGAGACACUUCAGUCCUGGAGCUGCUCACAGAGUACUGCCAGGACCCUGUCAUAGAGGUGGCAGAGACGUGCCAGCUGGCCGUGGCUCGUCUGCAGUGGCUGCAGUCUGGAGGACAGGCCCAGGAUGAUAGCCCCUACAGCUCUGUGGACCCUGCCCCCCCUGCACCCCAGAAGAGUCCCUCUGAGCUGCGGAGCAUCCUGCUUAAUGAGAGGCUGCCCUUGUUCGAGCGCUACCGGGCCAUGUUUGCUCUGAGGAACCUGGGUACAGAGGAGGCGGCACUGGCUCUGGCUGAUGGUCUGCAGUGCUCCAGUGCUCUGUUCCGUCAUGAGAUCGGGUACGUGUUGGGUCAGAUGCAGCACCCAGCUGCGGUGCCAGCUUUGAGCGCAGCUCUGGAGCGCCCUGAGGAGAACCCCAUGGUGCGGCAUGAGGCGGCAGAGGCUCUGGGCUCUAUUGGCAGACAGGAGUGUGUGGGUGUGCUGCAGAGGCACCAGGCAGAUGGAGAGCGUGUGGUGCAGGAGAGCUGUGUGGUGGCUCUGGACAUGCUGCACUAUGAGAACAGUGAACAGUUCCAGUACGCAGACGGACUGGUGCGCCUGCAGGGCUGAGACUCCACUCAGGAUUCAUGGGAGAAAGGACUGUCACUCACAUAAAGGCUGGACUAAUGCAGAACAGACCUGCCUCAUACCGGAUUAGAUUAAAACGCCACAGUGCCCAUCUUGUAGGCAUAGAAAGAUUUACCAAUUAUGAAAAAACUGUAUUUUGGCUUGCACGAGUACACCUUAUUUAUUUUAUAGUGGAUAAUCAUAUAUUAUUACUUUGGUGAAUCUCAUACAAUGUUUCUUUCCUUUAGUUUAUAAUUUGCCAUAAAAUAAAUGACAACUCUCACUUUGAUCCGUCUUCUAUUGUGGAAUGUAAGCUUUUGAAAAGCCUCAUCACAGUGAGCAGUGAGUCAAGGUCAGGCCCUGUAUGUGACCUGUGUGUAGUAGUGUUUGAUUCAAGGAUUUGAAUAAAGCAAAUAUCUAUGUUGGACUGCA